AUGCCAGCUACCCUCUCCCCCUUCCGCUACAUACAGGCAGCUCGCUACCUGAUGCAGUGGUGGUUGGAAACAGCGCCCGGACUCGCUGCCCGCCGCAAGGCCGCACAAGAACGAGCAACAAGGCUCAUCUAUGCCCCCAAGCUCCGUGGGCGUGCCUGGGCCGCCGCCGCCGCAACAGCCCAGGUAUCCGAGGACGACGAGACGCCACGAGCUCGCCGAGCAGCGAUGGGCCUCGGACUCGACGUCGUCGACUUGCCUGAAACGCCCCACGACCUCGGGGCUCUUUUGCCACGCCCUGACGCCCACCCCGACCUCCACUUCCCAAGCGAGAACACCGAGAUCUACCGCCUCAUGAACGACGACCGCGCAUACAUGGAAGGCGCGAUGAAGGCGCCCCGCGAGAUCAUCGUGUUGUGUCACGGCCUGUAUGGAUUCUCCACAGCUACUCCCAUCCCCCUGUUCCCGUCACUCAAGCUCCACUACUGGGCCUCCGUUCUCGAGGUCCUCCGUGACCGCAUGGGUGCCAAAGUAGUCGUCGUCGGUGUCAAAGGAACCGGCUCAAUCCAAGAACGUGCGGAACAGAUGCACAAGUUCCUCAAGAACUAUCUUCCAAGAGGUGUUGGCGUCAACUUUGUCGCGCACAGCAUGGGGGGCCUCGACUGCCGACAUCUGAUUUCCUCAAUUCAGCCAACCGAGUACAAACCACUGAGCUUAACCACGAUUGCAACACCACACCACGGGUCACCAUUUAUGGACUGGUGUGCGGCCAACAUUGGCGUCGGAUCACAGGAGCUCAAGGACCACAUCGCUGCCAACUUGCCGUUCACGAUGAAGGCGCCAUUGCUCUCGAGCCCAGGCAAGGCCUCGCCCAAGGACACAUUCGGCAUCUUCACCUCGGCUCUGACCAACUACCUCCUGAACAUCUUUGAUUCGCCAGCCUAUUACAACCUCCGGACCGACUACCUCCGAGACAACUUCAAUCCCGCUACACCCGAUGACCCAAACGUCAAGUACUACUCUGUCGCUGGGCGCAUUGCCAAGCUCUCAGUUUUGCAUCCAUUGUGGUUCCCGAAGCUUGUGCUCGACAGCGCGGCCGAGAAGGGGUAUCCCGAGGGUGAAACUCCUCUGGGACAGGGGUAUGAGGGUAACGACGGACUCGUAUCUGUGGGGUCGUCCAAGUGGGGCGAAUUCCUUGGCGUCGUCGACGGCUGCCACCACUGGGACUUGCGUGGUGAGGGCGGGUUGUGGCCAGCCUCCAACCAGCUCAAGCUGUCGUCUGCGAGCAACACAGUACUAGGCCUCGAUACCGACAUUGACGAGCGCACGCUCUACCAAUCGUCGGACGACAAGGGUCCAGGGGCCAAGCCCGACGAGCAGCUCAACCGCGCUCAGCACGACCGCGACCUGGCGACCGCGCGCAUCAUGUCACCAGCCAAGACACCAGACCAGGCCAAGCCGGCAAGCAACGGCAACGGGUGGGACGUGGCAAUGGUGGGCCAGCUUGUUGACUGGGUGGGCGACCUGUUCCCUGGCGACAAGAAGGACGAGGAGCGACCCUCGCAGCUUGCGGAUGCGCAGAAGGAGAUGGACGCGCGCAAACAGACAUCGCAGGAGCGUGCCACGAAGAUUGUGCGCGACAAGUUUGAUCUCUCGCGCUUCUAUGGUGGGCUGAUGUUGCGGUUACGCGAGGACGGGUUGUAA